CGGCGCGGAGGACCAGAUGUGCCGUGACAUUAAACGUCAACCGAGCUCGCUAUGACACCGAAUUCAGGAUCUUUUCUGGUUCAUAAGAAGCCCUAUGCGCCCUAAAACAGUCUAUAGCACAAUCUGACUGCAAUCCAAUGCCGGCUUUCCAAAUGAGCGUUCUGCACUGAAAUCUGGGUUUAUAAGGAUUGUCUUUUGGCUUGCAUACCUUGCAAAAUAAAUUUAUUAUUUUGUCAUUCACCUGACCACCGAGCUUGCAGUUCGACCCGAGUGAAGGCGAAGAAAAAAAAGAAUGCUAAAGGAUGAGUCAGAGGGACACACUGGUUCAUCUGUUUGCUGGAGGCUGCGGAGGCACGGUCGGUGCCAUCUUGACGUGUCCGCUCGAGGUUGUCAAGACCAGGCUGCAGUCUUCCUCGGUGACCCUUUACAUCUCUGAGGUCCAGCUGAGCUCCGUGAACGGGGCCAGCGUCGCCCGGAUGUCCCCUCCCGGACCCCUGCACUGCCUUAAGUUAAUUUUAGAGAGAGAAGGUCCCCGUUCACUGUUUCGUGGCCUUGGACCUAACCUGGUGGGCGUGGCUCCAUCUAGAGCAAUCUAUUUUGCGGCCUAUUCAACGGCCAAAGAGAAGCUAAACGGUGUGCUCGAACCCGACUCCACGCAGGUGCACAUGGUCUCUGCCGGCCUCGCAGGGUUCACAGCGAUCACAGCCACUAAUCCUAUCUGGCUCAUAAAGACCCGUCUACAGUUGGAAGCCAGGAACCGUGGCGAGAGGCGCAUGAGUGCAUUUGAGUGCGUGAGGCGCGUGUAUAAAGCCGACGGGCUACGUGGCUUUUACCGCGGCAUGUCUGCCUCCUAUGCAGGCAUCUCUGAGACUGUCAUACAUUUCGUCAUCUACGAGAGCAUCAAGCGCAAGCUCGUCGAAUCCAAGGCGAACGCCAGCAUGGAUGACGAAGACGAAUCGGUGAAGGACGCUUCCGACUUCGUCGGCAUGAUGCUGGCCGCCGCCACCUCCAAAACCUGCGCCACGUCCGUCGCGUACCCGCACGAGGUGGUCCGUACCCGGUUGCGAGAAGAAGGCAGCAAGUACCGCUCUUUCUUGCAGACUCUAAGUAUGGUGGUUCGAGAGGAAGGAUACAGAGCGCUGUAUCGAGGCCUCACCACCCACCUCGUCCGGCAAAUUCCCAACACGGCCAUAAUGAUGUGCACCUACGAGCUGGUCGUCUACCUGCUCAACGGCUAAAACUGUGGCGGAAGAGGGAGGAGGAGGAGAGGAAGAGGUCAAGAGAAAGACGAUAGCGGUAGAGAAUGGAUAGCACAGAGAGAAACGAGGCAAAAAAGGAACCCGAGAGAGAGACGGAGAAAGAGUUUUAUGUUCCAGAUCUCUCCUCAAGGGGGUGCUGAUUUCACAUAGUAGGAAUCAGUGCUGACUUUGAGGCUUGCUUUAAUCCAAGAUGAAAGAGUGAUAAGUAAUGAACGAAAGAAAGAAGGGAAAGUUGGCCUGUUUCUCUUCUUAAUAUUUAAUGUGAAGCGAUCCUUAAAGGACUGUCAAGAGGGGAAUGCCUGAAAACCAGCCAACCAAAAAAAAAAAAAAAGCGAAAGAAAUCCAAAUUUGUUUAACCAGAUUAGUUCAGUGAGAAUUUAAUUCUAAAAUUCCAAAUGCUUCUUCAUGAAGUUUUGAUUAUUAUUAUUAUUAUUAUUAUUGUAUUAUUGUUGUGAAAUUAUCAGUGUUUACUUCCAGGCAGAUUUUCAUGACUCAUUUUCAAACAUUUCCCUCUAGAGGUCAGCGUUUCCCCACUGACCACGGCUCCCCACGCACACGUGACCGUUCCCGCAUCGACGCCAGGGCGAUCAGAUCUGUGAUCCUUUCACAUACUUCAAACUGAAGUGUUCUCUGUUCUGUUUGGAUAUUUUAAACAUUUUACUUGUGUUUAUUACAACAACCGGUAUGCUCUAACCCACGUGACGGGCGAUAGAGGAGUUACUAGCCGGGACUGGAAAGAAAAGUGCCGUUACUUGAAAUGAAAUGCAAUGAAAAAAAAAAAAAAGUCCAGUUAACCCCCCCAUCCCCGCCCCCAACUAAGGAAUGCAAAAUAUCAAGGAAUCCUUUCCCGCUUGCUAGUUUCCAGUGGAUUACGCAAAAAGCGCCAAAAAUUCGUUCCACCCCUCCGCUUCUCCCAGACAGUGGCUUUUACGAUCGUAUAUAUAUAUAUAUAUAAAUAUAUAUAUAUAUAUAUAUAUAUAUAUGCACUUUGUAGCAUUUCCAGGCUACAUGAUCUUUUAUGUUUUCUGUGUUUGCGGAGUUUCCUAUAGAACUUGUACUAUAAGACAUAGUAUUUACUGUAAAAGCAAGACAGUGUUUUGCGCCCCAGUCCCUUUCGGAGGCUGUUGUACAGAUCAGUCUAGUAAACUUCUAGUGAAGGACAUCAAUGUGCUUGUGUGUAUAUAGUGUGUAUAAGAGUAUGUAUGUAUGUAAUGUGUGCAUAUUAGAUAUUCUGUGUUGCUAUGAUUAUGCAGUAGGUUGUAACAAGAAUGAGUGAACGAACGAAUGGAUGAACGAACGAAUGUACUGGGUUCAUUUCAGAUUUUGCAUUAACACUAGGGAUGCAUCGAUACCGAUACAGCUGUCAUUAAAAAAACAAAAAAAACAAUGCGUCAAUACUGAUAUCGGAUAAUGUGUGCUAUUUGUGACGUAGCGUGUUGCCAUGGUAAUGACCAAAAUGACAUCUUUGACGCGCAUGGAUGUAUUUCCUGAUCAAUGAUCGGCAUGGACCUUCUGUAGUGUAAUCUGUAAAGACGGCCAGCCUGAGUGCAAAGGUGCUGCAAAUUGUGCGCACUCUAAAACAGUUCAUUUAUUUAGAUUUAUUUACCAUUCUAACCCAUUAUCAUAAGGCAGUACACUCAAAUAAUAUCCAUACAAUCCUAAUUAUGGGGGGAACAAAGGAAAAAUAUUGAUUAGGGAUGGGAAUCACCAGGGACCAUGCAAUACAAAUUUGAUUAUUUAUUUUUUUUUGCGAUUUUGUAAGUUUUGAUUCUGAACAAAAUUAGCAAAUAAUUUGCUCCUACCACACACGCUGCAUGUAGAAUGAUGGAGGUAUGGCAACAUUUUAUGCAUCAAAUGCAAAACAUGUAUAAUAAAAUUUUUAUUUAAAAAAAAGAAAUCGAUUUUGCAGCCAGUGGGGAACAUGAAUUGCCACACAAAAGAAUCAUAAUACAGCACUCAAUCGAUUUUUCUACAUUUUACUAUCGAUGCAUCCCUAUAUAUUUUUUUACAUUUCAGUUUUUUUUUCUUCAUUAUCAUGUUCAUAAAUUUGUAUCCAUGUCUCCUGCAACAUUUUCCUUCCGUUUCAUCUACAGAGUAUUAUGAAGGUGCUCAGUGUUUUAUUUUAACAUAAAAUUAACUUUUAUUAUUAUCAUUUCAAGCCACUGUCUUUUAAUUAAAAGAAAGCAGGUUCUCUUUUUAAUAAUAAUCUCUGUAUGCAAACCGUACAAGUGGCCCCAGAUAAAUAUGACAAUUUAAUAGAUAUUUAAAAAAAAAAGAAAGUGUUGGUUUGUCUUCAGUAUUAGCAAAUAGUACUGUGAGCCGGUUUAAAGACGCCUCUCCCAUCAUACUUAGUUUUUACCCAGACCGUGGUGUUUUGCGUUAUAGAAUUAUAUUUAAUGCUAAAUGACACACACACAAAAAAAAAACCCCGUGACGAAAUGCAUCUCUAAAUUAGCAUGUGUAAUUAGCAUGUUUUAAGAAGGGGGAAAAAGCAAUUAAAAUAUGCCAUUUUUAAUGAUGUAAUUAAUUCCCCAGGACUAUAUUAUAAAAUGAAGACUAAUGGUCUUUAAAAUGUUUCUGCAGUUUUUAUAGAAAUAGUAAUUAGCAUUUUUAAGUAUUGGCCUUCCUGCAAGUAUACUUAAAAUUCUGCACUGGGGAAACUGAUUGAGAAAUCUUGUUGAGGUUUGCAUCGUAAUUUAGAGAUUAGUUUAAAAAAUAAUAAUUAUUAAAAAAAAAAAAGUUUUCUUCAUACUGGGUCAACACUAACAAUGAACUGGUCACAUAUUGGCUGUUUUAGUUUUGUUCAUCUUUGUGUGUGUGUGUGUAUGAGAGAGAGAGAAAAAUGUGACCAUUGCUGGUUAUGUAAGAUCAUACCUCCUUUUUUUUUGUACAAAAACGAGUAAAUAAAAAGCACAUUAAAGGAA